AUGAAGCGCACCCAGCGGGCAGGUUUUGCUUUGGCUCUCUUCUACCUGCACACGGCCUCGUGGCGAGAGUGGCGGUCGAGCGCACCACACAACACACACGAGCGCGCCGACACCGCCGCGGUGCUCGCCUUCUACGACCGGAUCCUUGCCGAGGAAGACGCCGACGGCCUCAAGUUAUUUCUGCACGGCUGGUUUCUCGAGCAGCCUGCCUCGCCGUGGCAGGAGCCUCGCUACGGAAACAUCCGCGAAUUUGUCGCGUGGACCCUCUACGGCGACGCGGGCGAGCGGAAGCCAAAGCAGACCUCCACCGUCGACCGAGUGAUGAACCAGAUCGAGGUGGUGCUUGGGCCACUGCCUGCCGGCCGGGCGGAGCGGCUGGUGGCGAUGACAUACACCCGCGAGCCGCUCGGACGCUGCCACCGGCCUCUGGCCGUCUACCUCUGCUGCUUUGCAGCGCACGGCGCCAUCCGCAAGAUGCUGCAGCUGCUCGGCUUCAGCUCGCGCUCCCUGGCCUCUCGGUGGGAGGGGCCGGUGCUGCUGCCGCUCCUGCCGCACGGCGCUCUCGACCGGCUUCCAACCUCCCGCUGCGUCGCGAGGGCGAUGCGGAUGCCCGAGCUCGUCGGAGCCGUCGAGGUGAUGGUGCGCCGGCACGCGCUGAACGGGAGGGCGCCGAGCGCCGCGUUCAUGUCGCACUCGCUUGGGACGGGCUAUCACGCCGCCAUCGCGACUCGCGCGCCCGGCUUGGUCGCUGCGUCGCUCUUCGCGGACCCGAUCUGCUUCCUGCUGCACGAGAGGGACGUCGCCCCCCUCCGCCCAGCAACCUGGUUCCACUGGCUGCAGCGGGUCGCCGUCGCCUCCGACCCGACCGUACAGAACUGCUUGCGGCGCGAGUUUUGGUGGUCGCAGCACUGGCUCCACCCCGCGUCGCUGCCUUCGCCGACCGCCGUGCACCUCUCCGCGGCCGACACCGUCUGCAACCCCCGCCGCGUGCAAGAGCACCUGCUCCGGCACGGCGGGGCGCAGGCCGGGCUCGACUCGCCGCUCGAGGUGGAGCUGAGCCGCGGCAUGUUCACCGUGCACGGGUGGCUGUGCGUCGCUCCGGCGGCGCAGCGCCGGGCCAUCGCAGACUUGGGCCGGCUCCUCGCCCGCGGCCUGGCGCAGCGGGCCGCGGGUCGCAAGGGCGCGGGCGAGGGGGACCGCACUGCGGAUGGCUCGCACCUCGCUCUCGCGGUGCGGCACCGUGGCGCGAGGGCGAGUGGGCAAGCCGUGCGUCUUGAGCCUCUAGGCGACACCGACUCUGUGAGCUCGUCGGGCGAGUCGGACGGAUGCGGCGAGUAG